AUGAUUACGGAAUUUCCUGUAACGGAUGCAAAGCCGCUGACCAAGUUUCACACAUUCUUCUCUUCUGAUCCUAGGAAGGUCAACCGCGGGACACAUUUCUUUUCGCCCGGUACAAGUCACCUGCUGACCCAAAGGAGCGCUAAAAAUGAGCAGAUUCCGGAACCGCCAAUGUACGAAAAUGGACAAGAAAAUCAUGACGAUGAUCAAACAAUUAUCAAGAGAGAGUUAAGGGGGUAG